AACCCAGUUCCCCUCCCACCUCACUCCCCCUUCUCCCCCUAAGGACAACCUUCAGCUUCAACAUAUGUUGGACGAGCCAUACGACAAUUUACAGCACCGAUCGGACUAUUGCAUUUAAAAACAAUCUUCUAGACACUCUUCGUCGCUGAAUACAUCGUCAGGUUCACUUAUUUUACAGUCAUGGAAGGACAUCAUGACCAUGGUGCUCACUCUGAACAUAUGGGUCAUGAUCAUCAUCACGUUGCUGACAUUUCUCCAAUGGACAACAUGCACAGUGAACACUCUGUGCAUACAGGAAUGGGCAUGUCCCAUAUGGGGCACAGCAUGAUAUUUCAUUUUGGGUUCAAUGAGACUAUUUUAUUUGACUGUUGGAAAACAACUAGUCCCACUACAUUGUUUGCCUCUUGUCUUGGAAUCAUAAUAUUAUCAGCAUUGUAUGAGGGUCUGAAAUACUUCCGAGAAUAUUUAUUCUGGAAAAGUUACAACAAAAACGUUCAAUAUCGAUCAGUGGAAAUUCCUGGAAACAAGAAUGUUGUGAGAGAUGAUCAAGUAGUCACAAUGGUUGGAGAGGUGAUAACAAAACAACCCCUUAGUAUGUUCAGCCGAAUGCAUGCGCUACAAACUUUCCUUCACGUCAUUCAACUAACAAUUUCAUACCUUUUGAUGCUUAUAUUUAUGACAUUUAAUGUGUGGCUUUGUAUAUCUGUUGUCUUUGGAGCUGCUCUUGGUUAUUUUAUGUUUGGCUGGAAAAAGCCUGUUGUUGUAGAUGUCACUGAACAUUGCCACUAAACAAUAUCUUUAAAGUUGGUUUUACUUUGAGGUGGCCAAUCCUCAGAUUCUGGCAUUCCUAGAAUCAUUCAAAAUGAUUUAUAUUCAAGAAGUGUUCUUUAUCAUUUUUGAUCUUUAUAAUUCUUGUACCUUUGAAGUAUCUAUGGAUAUAUUUGACUCAAAAAUGCCAUGACUUUUGCAUAUUUAUCAUAAUGCAAUCAUACUGUCUCUUUGAAUAGAAAUCUGAAUAGUUUGAAAAAUCAGUUUCUUGCCUUGAACAUUCAUUUCUGUUAUUUUGUAGGCGUUUUGCCAAACCGAGCAUCACUUACCCAUGUGCCCAUUUGAUUCCUGUUCAUUAGAAUUGUUAUAUUUUCUGUUAUUCUAUCUUCCUUGACUAUUAAUUUGAUAAAAGUAUUUGACCACUGAAAUGACAAGAAAUACUCUAGAAAGAAAACUAACUGACUUACUGUUACCUACGAGAGGUACUUUAAUUAAUGUUACAGAAAGUACGUUUUUUAAAGAACCCUUAAUUAAGACCUUAAAAAUUGAACAACUAACUUGUUUUCUUCAUAAGCCUAAUACCAUCAUAGUCUCUCAUCCUGUGGUGCUUUUUUUUUUUUUUUUUUGGGGGGGGGGGGGGGGGGGGGGGGUGGAGCAAGCUCAAGGAAUUGUAGUUACCAUUGUUUUGUGUUGUUUCCUUGCUGGUGUGGAUCUGGAGAGUAAACAAAUUAUGUACAAAAUUAAAAGUUCAUCACUGUAGGUAUGAAAAGAUUAAAAAAAAGAACAUACAUCCUGGAGGUCAAACUCUGAUCUCUCUUCUGAACUAAUUACUUUAAAUAUUGUUUCACUACAAUUUAGGAAAGAGAAAAAGGCAUUCUGUUGUUGGGACCAUUUGUUUUUUUUAUUUUAAAUUUUAAGGAAGAGUGCAAGGCAGAAGUUGAAGCAGGGUAAUGUUAUUGCUAUAGUCUUUAAAUUUCAGAAAAUAUUUGUGGGCCUUUAUGAUAGUUCAUGAUUGUCGAGUAGUUAGAAUAAUUACCACGUAAUUUCACUUAAAAGAUAUUACGUACACAUCCUCCAUUGUUGUCUUAAACUAAUCUUGAUCUUUACUAAGAAGCUCUGGAGUAUCUAUUAUCUGUGACUUCCGUGAUGUGUAAAUUGUAUUGAUGCUAGUGUGUAAUUGUAUUUUUUAUGAAUUAUUGACGUUGUUUACUCUUAUGUACCUUUCUCAAUUUUCUUGUUUUUUUUUUAAGGACACCUAAGGGUAUUGUAUUUGAAAUUAGAUGAUUUAUUAACUCUUAAGCCUUUUACGCAGAGGAUGGAUGUAUGACAGCAGCUUGAUUUACUUUAUUUGGACACAGUAUUUUUUGUACCUUUGGUGCAGACUUCCUGAUUGACUGAUGUACAUAAUAUCUUUGGCCAUUGAGUUAUGUCUCAAUCUCAGUCUGAAUUUCCAGAAAUACUAGAACUGUUGCUUAUCUUUGUUGGGUAUGUGCAUCUCCUUACACCUCUAUUCUAUUAUGGCCUGGGGGAAGACAAUAUAUUUUAUCCAGUUUUAUAUACCUAUUAUUUUAUAGUUAUAACUAGGCAGUGGGAGCUGUAUUCGUAGUCAGGUCAUACCUAAUCCUGUAUUAUUUGCUGAACUGAGGUAAUGAUGUGCCAAACCGACUUGAUGUAAAUUGGUAGCAUCAUAUGUAUUUUUUGUCUUUGGAUCUGAUUUUGAGCUCUUGCAAUAAAUAAAUAUUUUCAGCGAAUA